UGUCUUGUAAAUAUUUAUGCCAAAUAUGACGUUACAUAUUCUUUUCAUUUUAUAUUUUUUUAACAGGUUACCAGUUGAACUCAAGUAUUACCAACCACCCGAAAUGCCAUAAAGAGAAAAUAUCAAAUCGGCGCUGAUAAAUUAUUCCACACAGAGGGAGAUGUAUAACAAACAUUCACGCUUGAACUAUCAAAUAAUUUCUCAUUAAACCAGUUUAUAUCUUGUCCAAUGAAACCAUCAAGCGGAAACAUAGAUUUUAUAUGCCAUUCUCUCUAAGAACCAGUCGCAAAGAUGUCUCACAAAACUCACCAAAUAGUUUUUGUUUAAUGAAAGCACAGAGAGCAGGAAAUUCAAAAGCCAUUAUUUCACAAUCACACGCAUCUUGUAUGUAUACACGCACACGUACGUUUAUACGUGAAUACAUCAAUCUCUGAUAUAUUUUUUUAAAAUUUCAACUGAUCAUAAAUUUUAAAUGAUGAAAAUCAGCGGAUUUAUUAAGCAUUAUUCGUCGUAUCAUUGGAUAUUAUGCUAUGUUACUUUCAUGACCGUUCUCCUGUUACACACAUUAAGAGUUGACCUCGGUAUCGCCUUUGCUUGUAUGCUGAAAACAUCCAACAGUUCACUUCAAGAACUUAAUCAUACCGGAAUAAAGGAAGAAUGUCCAGGGUCGGAGAAUCAUUUACCGAAUAAAACAUUUGAAGGCGAAUUCGAAUGGAGCAACUCUUUACAGUCCCAGAUGUUGGCUGGAUACUUUUAUGGAUAUACAGUGACUAAUAUAUUUGGUGGUAUGUUAGCCGACAAGUAUGGAAGUAAAAAUGUUCUGGGUUUUUCCAUUAUCUCGGCAUCUAUUUUGGCUCUGCUCCACCCAAGUUUGUCUAGAAUAAGUGGGUACUUUACCCUUGCCUUAAGGAUAUUAACGGGUUUGGUUUUAGGCCCUAUGGCCCCAUCAGUCCAGUCGUUGUGGGGACGUUGGGCACCACCCGAAGAGAGAAGCUCACUAGUUGCGUUUUCGUUUUCUGGCCAAACAUUAGGGACCAUUAUAUGCAUGUCGAUCUCAGGUUUCCUUUGUGAAUAUGGAUUUGACAACGGAUGGGGUUCUAUAUUUUACUUAUUCGGUGGAACAACGCUGCUGUUUAGUUGUGUGUGGUUUUGUGUUGUUUAUGAUAAUCCAGAUGACCACCCCAACAUCAACGAAGAAGAACGAGUAUAUUUAAACAAAAACAGAAAAGAUAAGAGUGAAGUAAAAAAUGUACCUUGGAGGAAAAUACUAUCUUCUUCCGCCAUUUGGGCCAUUACCGUUGCCCAUAUGAUCACCAGCUGGACAAAUACGGUCUUCCAGAUGUUGUUACCAUUAUAUAUGAAAGAUGUAUUAAACAUUGAUCCUUCGGCGAAUGGUUUAAUGUCUUCAACUCCGUCGUUAGGACAAUUCAUAUUUUUACCAUUAUCAGGAAAACUUGCAGAUGUUCUACGUUCAAAGAAUUAUCUGUCAACUCGUUCAGUCCGAGUAAUAUUCCAGUCUAUCUCUUUUAUUGGUUCAGCAUCUCUACUUGUAGCCAUCGGAUUUCUGAAAUGUGAUCAGACUAUUUUAAUAGGAAUUCUUUUAUUCCUCUCUGGCGUGACGACUGCAUUUUAUUCUGGCGGUUUCUUGGUAAACCAUAUCGACGUUGCUCCCAGAUAUGCUGGAGUUUUAUACGGAUUUACCAAUACAUUUGCAUCAAUAUGUAGUAUUUUAUGCCCCUUGGCGGUUAAAGCUCUUACACCAAACGGUACGCAGAAGGAAUGGCGAACAGUGUUGAUCAUGAGUGGUGCACUCUCGUUGUUUGCGGCAAUAAUUUAUGCGUUAUUUGCGAAAGGAAGUGAACAAGAGUGGGCUUACACUAAAGACAAUUCUUCGCAAAUUUCUGAAAAACUGGAAAAACCUUUAUUAAAAGAAAGUUGCUAAAAUUUGUUGUUUAAUCUGUUGAUACCCUGUUUAUUAUUCCCGGUUAAAUCUCGUUUUAACUUUAGGUAAAAUUAGUUGCCGGGGUUUCCGUUUGCGAAUACAUCCUGAGUCAUUACGUUAUCGCUCAACCAACUUCAAGAGUCGUUUUGCGCAUCCUGUCCGAAAUAUAAAAACACAUUCAUUUUUAAUUUCAUCUCCACAGAUUCUCUAUAGAGAUUAGAGCCAGCACUGAAAAUUAUGACCUUUCGUAUACGAAUAUAUAAACAAUGCGGUCGAAGAUGGAAAAAUAAGUAAUGGCUAUAUAAGCAUAAUUCAAGAGUUCUUACCCUUUCUUCAGCACCACAUCCACAUUAACCCUCUACAAACACAUUCUUUUC